UAUCCAACUACACCUGGUGUCGCCAUUGGGAUGUCUGUGUACGAUCCUGCAUGCGGGGGCUACCGUGUGUUUAUCGGGGCUCUUGGUGCGUCAACUGGGAAGGGACAUUUGAUUAAAGAUCUCCAAAAGUAUGGAAAAGUCUUAGACCUCUGGCUUGCGAGGAACCCUCCGGGAUAUGCGUAUGUUGUUUACAGCAAAGGUAGGGAGGCUGAGUCUCUGGUGCGAGAAAGGAACGGCAGUUAGUUCAACAACAACAACUAGUUACAACACAGUCAACAACUGCUACCAUUAACAUCAAUGGUGUUCUGCUUGCCGUGACGAUACUUGGAGGAUGCUGGCCGGACGGAGAGUUCGAGUGGAGCAUGCUCGUCCUUAUUUUAGUAGGUCCACGACGUCGACACUCCCAUUCCAUCUCAUAGCAUCACGGUUAAGACGUAAGUCAAAAUCAAGGCCAAGACAAAAAUCAAGGUCGCCUCGGAACUCGCAAACACGAGGACACAGUACAUUGAGGUCACCAUGUAAAUGCAAGUGUGAAAGAUUCCGGUGUUCUAGUUCUUCCUCAACUUCAAGGACACCGCCUCGCACCGAGACACAACACAGUUCUAGGCAAAAUUCCCCCGAGAAAAGAAGAAAACGUUACAAGCACCAGUGUGGUCGAAAGAAACGACAUCAAUCAAGAUCACGUUCAAGUUCAAGUUCCAGCCCCAGCUCUCGUUCCCGCUCUCGUUCCCGCAUUCAUUCCACCUCUAGUUCUAGUUCCAGGAGCAGCUCAAGAUCUCGGUCCACAUCCCGGCACAGGUCGAAGCGUUCAGACACUGAUGUUUCUGUAAAAUACUUUAAAUGCAGGGGUAGACGACGGCACAAAAGCCCUGUAAGUCCUGUCACUGCCAUUGCGGAUAAGUACACAGGGAUCGAGAGCUGGACAACAGAUGAAGAUUUACCAAACCUUGAACUUUUUGAAGCACCACUUGGAACAAAGGACAGUGCUGCUUCAGACAUUACAAACACUGAAAACAAAAUGUCACGGCAUGGACCUGAGCCAGUACCAUCAGCCGUGAUGAGUUCUACAUCAACCGACAUAAAAAACUGCAUGACCAGGGCUGACAGCUCCUUACAGAGACAAAUCGUAACUGAAACGACCUACCAAUGCCAUAUUCAGAGAGCCACGCAAAACAUAUUGGAUAAACAAAAUGAACAAUUGUUAAACGGUUCGAGUCAAAACGACACGGUGCUUCGUGUCCCUGUACUAAAUACGAAUUCAAGCUCAGCUACCCCGACAAACAUCAGCAUGGAAACAUCAACACCUUACGUAAAGUCAGCGUCAGCUGCCAAAUCACCCAAACACACAAACGUGGAAGGUCCCUCCUUUCAUCUCUACAGAGGGGGGGUACCCUAGAAAGGCUGAUGGAGACAGUACUUGCUUCAAAGUUGGAGAUACUGUUCCAAGUGCUGCACAUUAGAGCAAGAAGAGAGACGGUGACACACAUUAACACCUGCACAAGAAAUGUGCAUUGGACUAUUCUGCGUGUGAUAAGCAGUGACAAUUGUCCAAGUACUCUGUAUUUGACCAUUCUGCUUGUGAGAGACAUUUGGAACACCACAGUAAUGUGUAUUAGGACAUUCCGCGUGUGGGUGACAAUGAGAACACCAUAGUAAUGUAUAUUUGAACAUUCCGAGUAUGACAGACAGUGAGAUCACCACAGUGGUUUGUAUUAAAACAUUCCGCGUAUGAGUGACAAUGAGAACACCUCAGUGGUUUGUAUUAGAACAUUCCGCGUAUGAGUGACAAUGAGAACACCACAGUGGUUUGUAUUAGAACAUUCCGCUUGUGAGAGACAAUGAGAACACCACAGUGGUUUGUAUUAGAACAUUUCGCGUAUGAGAGACAAUGAGAACACCUCAGUGGUUUGUAUUAGAACAUUCCGCGUGUGAGAGACAAUGAGAACACUACAGUGGUUUGUAUUAGACACACGCUGCAUGUUAAUGUUUGUAUUAAACUGAAUUGAACUAAAGUACUGGUACUGUCUACACGAUCUGCUUCCACAUGCCACGCUCCAUCAUAUCUUUAGUUCUCUUGGAUAGUUUAUACAUUCUGUGGUGCUUUGGGGUAAUUAAACUGCUGGGUAUAUCCCUUUUAUGAAGGGUGUAGUCUGCAUUGUCUUGUACAUCCAAACAAUGAAAAUUAAAUAUGUUCAUUGCAAACGAUUUUAUGCCUUAAAUGUACGUCUUCCGUGAAGGCAGCAAACAUAAGUCGCUCACCUUCGUUACAUUCUAAUAACUAU